AUGAUGAAGAAAGAGGUGAUAGAAGAUGUGGGAAUAGUAGUUGGAUUGGUAGCAGUUCAAUUUGUUUAUGCAGGAAACUCAGUUUUGCUCAGUUAUUUAAUGUCGCUGGGAGUUAGUCCUCUCACCAUUGUUAUCUUCUCUACCUUUGCAACCUUCCUUAUUGUGUCCCCUCUUGCUGUUUACUUUGAGAGGAAGAAAUGGCCCAAGAAAUUCACUUUGAAGUUGAUGAUUCAGUUGGUUUUAAUCUCUUUUGGAGGGGUAACUUUGUUUCAAUCCCUAUUUCUCAAGGGAAUUAACCUAACUUCACCAGCAAUGGCUACAGCCAUGCCGAACCUAGCUCCAGGCCUCAUUUUUCUCAUUGCUUGGGCUGUAAGGUUAGAGAAAGUAAAGCUAAGUUGUGCUUACAGCAAAGUGAAGAUUCUUGGUACAUUACUGUGUGUGGUAGGCGCAAUCGUAAUAAGCCUAAUGCACAGCACAAACACAGUAACACAGGCUGCUGAUAUAGCAUCUCCCGCGUCCAACAAUGUCUUCGACAUAGACAAAAUCGUUGGCUGCAUUUAUCUCUUAGCAGCAGUGUUUGUUCUAUCAAGCAAUGUUGUCCUCCAGGCUGCAACUUUGGGAGAUUUUCCAGCACCAAUGUCCUUGUGCGCUCUAACAUCCUUGAUUGGGGUUUUUUUAACUGUUGCUGUACAGUUGUUUCAAGAUCACAAAGUGGAAACUGGUUGGGCUUUCUUGAGCAUUGGCACCUUUAUUGGCUAUUCUAUACUGGGAGGGUCUGUGAGUGGAGCAUGUGUAAGCUUCAAUGGAUGGGCAAUGAAGAAAAAAGGGCCUGUUCUUGUUUCAAUGUUUAACCCCAUUGGAACGAUAGUCUCAGUGAUUAUCUCUGUUGUUACCUUAGGAGAAAUCAUCAAUCUAGGAAGCCUUGCUGGUAUGUUCCUAAUGUUCACCGGUCUUUACUUGGUGCUAUGGGCAAAAGCGAAAGAAGAUUAUAAAGAUGAUGAUGAUGACUACGGAAGUGAGUGUGAUCCGGAGAAACCUCUAUUGAGCUAA